AUGUUCAGAUUCACCUUUAAACCAAUCGAAAAAUUUGAUACAAAGUACACUACCCAAAUUUGGUCACAGAAACGAAUUGUUUACACUUCCUUUGUCAAAUUCAACAAUAGAAAUCCAUCAAUAAGCCAUGCACUUAUAAUACAAGAUUGGAUAGAAAUAGGGGUAUUAACUUAUGCUGGGGCUAGAAUUACCAAAGAAACACUGGAGUCGGCAAUAAGUCUAGACUUUGAUAUAUCACCACAACGUGUUGAAACCAGACAUAGCAAACGAGAUGCAGUGAAUACAGCUAUAACUUUACAAAGAAAUGUUUACUUGACGAAUUUGGCCAUAGGUUCACUCAAGGACGAUGUUGUUGUGUCGAUAGAUACCGGAUCUUCUGAGUUAUGGGUAAUGUCCAACAAUGUCAACUGCCAAACUGUCGAGCAAUUACAUGCAGAAAAUGCCCCUGAUAUACCAGAUAUUUUCAACGACUUGAAUGAAGAGUACUCAUGCAAAGCCAAUGGAACUUUCAAUAACGAGAAAUCAACAACAUACGAAUUUAUAAAUGACGAGUUCACUAUUGCAUUUGCUGACGGGUCAGCAGCUAUUGGUGAAUACGGUAGUGAUGAUGUUCAAGUCGGAAAUGUAACUAUUGAAGGGUUGAAGCUAGGUGUGGCUAAUGCUUCUAGUAUCGAUGUAGGAAUUUUGGGAAUAAAGCACAAUAACGAGUAUGACAAUUUCAUUUCGUUGUUAAAGAAACAAGGGUAUAUCGACACAGCCCAAUAUUCAAUUUAUUUAAAUGAUGAAAAAGGUAAUAUAUUGUUUGGAGGGGUGGAUAGUGCCAAAUAUGAUGGCGAUUUGACAAGUACGCUGAUGCAAAAUAGUGGAAUACACAUUAAAGAUGUAUCACUUAGUCAAAACAAGAAUCAGAAAUAUAUUCAAUCAGGUAAAGAAUAUGUAAUUUUUGAUACGGGAUCGACAUUUUCCACAUUACCGCUGGACUGGAUAAAAGAAAUUGGCGAAUCGAUAAAUGGGACGUAUGACGAAGAUGAAAUGGCCUAUCAAGUGCCAUGCCAAUUGGACAAUAAAGUGGAGUUCAAUUUUAAAAUCGACAACACGAACUUGAGCGUUUCAGUAUCGGACUUGAUCAUCAACAACGAAAGAACCAAGGGUAAUUGCUAUCUUGGUGUUAUGGAUGAAUCACUAAUUGGAGGUACAAUAUUUGGUUCCGAUAUUUUGAAACAUUUCUAUGUUGUAUUUAACUUGGACGAAAAUGAAUUGUCCAUAGCGCCAGUUUCCAAAUCAAGUACAACUGCAAGUUCAUCAAGUACUGCUGAUGGAAGCAGGUUUUCUAGCAGGUCAGAAGCAAGUAUAAAUAGCACACGCACAAUGCUAUAUGCAUAUUGUAUGAGCUUGAUACCUUUAUCUAUAUACGUGUUUAUUUUAUACUAA